AUUUUCGAAUCUCACUCUUUUUUUUUUUUGUGUGUGUGUGUGUAUUGUCAUUACAAGAAUGCCAGAGGAGGCGAAUAAACGACAACGUGUUAGUAAAGCAUGCGAACAAUGCCGACGAAAGAAAGUCAAGUGCGAUGGAGUGCAAGCGGUUUGUAGUAACUGUGCUACUUUAGGUUUAGCCUGUACAUAUAAGGAAUCCACGAAAAAGAGAGGACCACCCAAGGGAUACAUUGAGGCAAUUGAAGGUAGAUUACAUCGAUUAGAAGCAUUAUUGGGCAGCAUUAUUCAAGAGGAUGAUCCACGAUCCCAGGCAAUUUUGGCUGAAUUGAAUUCACCCUUGGAAACGGCGUACGGUGAAUUGGUCAGACCACGCCCAGCACGCUCACACUUUGACGAGAGUAAGAACCCGGAAGCGAUUAUUCACGACACACCCAUCUUGAUUGAUUCACCGACACACAAGCGAAAUGGGGAAACAACCACUGGAGAGAAUCCUAAUGAUAAUUUGGGUAAUUUAUCGAUCGAUGAAAGUGGACAGUUACGUUACUAUGGUAAAUCAUCUGGUUUUUACAUGCUACGUAGUAGUAAGAACUUUCAAAAUGGAGCAUUUCAUUUCAACUCAAGAGGAUAUCAUCGUAGCAAAAAACAGGACGGACAAAAUAUUCUGCCAAAUCCAUUAGCCGUGGAUCCUUACGAAUUACCACCGCCUGAUUUGGCUAAAAAUCUGAUGGAUCUCUAUUUCACUCAUUUCUAUCCAUUUUUACCCUUGCUUCACAAGAAAUCAUUCCUCGCUUCACUCAAUACAGAUCAUCAACCUCCUCCCUUGUUAUUAAACGCAAUCUACGCAGUAGCUUCCCGUAUCUCACCCGAUGUCCGCGUCAGAUCAGAUCCUACUUUACGUGAUACCGCUGGUGAUAUCUUUUUCGAAAGAGCUCGCAUCUUGCUUGACCUUGAAUGGGACGAUUUUAGAGUAUCCACCGUCCAAUCACUUUUGCUCCUAAGUAGUCAUCAAAACGGAGCUCUCAAGAAUAUUCGUGGUUGGUUGUACAGUGGUCUAGCCUUCCGCAUGUGUCAAAACUUGGGUCUGAACAGAAACUGUGAUUCGUGGAAUUUAUCGGAUGAAGAAAAAGAGGAACGCAAGCGCGUGUUUUAUUGUUGUUUUGUGGUCGAUCGUUUAACCUGUGCAAUGCAUGGCAGAGCACCCAUGAUUGAUGAACGGGAUCUAGAUACACCUUACCCUUCAGAAGUGGAUGAAGAUGAUAAACACAAUAAGCCUACCAUCAUGGAAGAUUUCCAUCAAUUGAUCAAACUCUGUGAGAUAUUGGGUGAUAUUCUAUGUCAAUUAUACAUGGUACAAGGUCGUAAACAAGUCAGUAUGAUGGCAUCUCCAGAUACUGUCAUUUCUAAACUAGAUCGUGCCUUGAAUAAAUGGAUGGCCAAAUUACCUCCUUGGUCUCAAUACCGUGUUCCUAAUACUCGUAUGGCUGAAAAGGCACCCGCUCCAAAGUUAGAACUAUGCCAAAUUCACAUGCUCUUUUACACUUCCUUGAUCCUGUUACAUCGUCCCUUUAUCCCGGGUCCUACACAAACAGGAACUCCGUCCGUCUUUCCAUCUGCCUCCAUCUGUACAUUUGCAGCCAAUAAGAUUCUGGACAUUGUGGUGUGUUUAAUGGCAGAAGGAAGAUUGAAGAAUGUCAACAAUUAUGCCCUGUAUUUCAUGUUUACCGCAGGUAUCAUCUUUAUCAAUGAUGCCUUAUCUUCCGAUAGCAUGUUUGCCUUUGAAGCUAAAAUCAGUAUUAACAAGAUUAUUCGUGCCAUGGAUGAGGUGGAAGCUACUUGGAUCACUUCUGCACGUCAUUGUAAUAUCUUGGGUGAAUUGGCCGGCUUGCGUGAUAUUAAUCUUGAGAAUGUGGAUGAAGGUUAUCAUCGUGAUCCAAAAUCCAAUACAGAUCAACAUGAAUCACUUUCUAUUGCAGUGCCUAAUUCACCUGUCUUGAGACCCUCUGGUCCUACUCACCUUCAACAACAUCAACAUCAGCAACAACAGCAACAACAUCAGCAACAACAACAUCAACAACAACAACAACAGCAACAACAACAUCAUCAACAGCAACAACAGCAACAACAACAGCAACAACAACAACAACAGCAACAACAACAGCAGCAACAACAACAGCAACAGCAACGUCAACAAGGAUCAAGAUCUCAAACACCCAUGUGGUAGUCUUUUUUAUAUAUUUUUUUAUAUAUUUUUAUUUU